UGCUGAUGGUAGAGGAACAGUCAGUUUGACAAUUUCCAACCCUUUGAGAUCAAAUGGAGGGGACUACAAGUGCACCAUAGUGAGACGUGGCAUACUAUAUUCAGACGAGAGAAAAUCAUGUGUUCAUUGGAUUAAAAUGGUACAGGUAGAUGAAGAAGCAGAAGAUGGUGAUACAUUUGAGAUGCAUUGCAAAUAUGGACCAGUAGAUACGUGUAUAUUGGAUUGUAUUUGGAAGAAAUUUAAUAAGGAUGGAACAUCAACCAUUAUUACUCAAGAUUCACAGUUUGAAAAAACUACAGAUUACAAAAAGGGAAACAGCUUGCUGAAGAUCUUGAAGGCUACAUUAUCAGAUGCUGGGAAGUAUCAAUGCAUUGUUGAGCUACAUGGUGAAAAACAGGCUGUGGCCAAUAAAAUGCUUGUUGUCAACAAAGCUCCAUUCGCAUUGGAAAUUCCAGAUGUAACAACCAAUAAGGGGAUUAGUAUUGUCAGGGUGUACUUAAAGUUUACUGAAGUCAAAGAGGAUUCUCUGAAAGAUAUAUCAGAUAUCAGAUGGUACAAGGGGGAAUCUAAAGAAACAGGAAGUUUGCUCACUCAUCUAAAAAAGAAAUUUUCAAAAAAACGCUAUACAGCAGGUGUAGACAUGAAGAAUUCAUUGGCAUUUUUGACCAUCAAAGUUAUAACAACUAAAGAUGCGGGAGAAUACAGUUGUGAGGUGGAAGUCAAAGGAAGGAAGCGUGCAUAUUUUUGUAGUGGAUUGCUGAAGGUUGAAGGUCCUUUAUUGAAGUCUGUACAUGAAAGAAUUGAAGCUGUACAAGGUGAAGAUGUUGAACUACGCUGGAAUUUGUUAAAACCAUUGGAUAUUGCAGGUCUUUUGUCUUCUACAAAAAAUUAGAAGAUGAAUCGAACUUUGAAGUUGUUCCUUCGGAUGAUCUUUUAAAUUUAUCUAGGUUUAAAGCUAUGUAUUUACAGGGGGAACAACAAUUUAUUCUGAAGAUUUCUGAUGUUGAAUACCAACAAGCUGGUUCUUACGUGUUACAUUGUUUCACUAAAAAUACUAUUGGUGAUGGAAUUGUUUGGCACUCUUCAACAACCUCUUCAUUAAUUGUUCAUAAAAAUGAAAGUAAAGUAUUUCUUUUCUUAUAUUUACCCCUUUAUAUCAAAUGUUUCAAAUCAACGUUACAUAUACAUUAAAAUAAUUGUAAUGAAUAAUUUAUACUGUAUUGAAAUAAUUACUGUAUUAAAAUAAACAGUACAAACAAUUGGAUAGUUAUAAUUAAUAUAAAGUACACA